AAUUAACUCAAGGUGUCGCUAUACACCAGCCUUAAAAUGGUUUAGUUCCUCUAUCCUUUGUGGACGGGCUUCUUGUUCGCCCAUUGCGUAGUCUAGAUACUACAGGCACAACCACGUUGAAUUGCUGCUGCUAUUCGUGUUAUUUGGAGCAACUGCGUUGGUUGCUUUGAGUCUUUCACGACUAAGGAACUCAUCCUUGACGAUGGGUUUGAAAAUGAUCGCCUCCUGCUUCUAUUUCCUCCUUUUUGUGAAUGCCGCGUAUGGAGACAUGAGCUAUUCUUUUCCAGAGGAGAUGAAACGAGGAUCAGUUAUUGGAAAUAUGGCCAAGGAUCUGGGGCUGGGGACGGGCGCGUUCUCUAACAGAAGAGCCCGUAUUGACACCGACGGGACUGAUAAACGUUACUGUGACAUUAACCUGAAUAACGGAGAGCUGAUUGUCGCCGACAGGAUUGACCGAGAGGGGCUUUGUGGAGAAAAGGCUUCGUGCAUCCUGAAACAAGAGCUGGUGCUGGAGAAUCCUCUCGAGCUCCAUCGGAUUAGUCUUCACAUUCAAGACAUUAAUGAUAACUCUCCUCAAUUUAAAGAAGACUUAAUUAAUUUAGAAAUUCACGAGUUGGCAGUAAGGGGAGCUCGUUUUGUGUUAGAGGAGGCGCACGAUGCGGAUGUAGGACAAAACUCAGUCCAGCAGUACAGCCUUAAAAAGAAUGAUCAUUUCAAUUUGGCCGUUGAUGAAAACACAAUAGAGCUUGUUCUUGAAAAGGAGCUCGACCGUGAAAAACAACAAGAGAUUAAUUUGAUUCUUACAGCUUUAGAUGGAGGCUCUCCUCAGAGAUCAGGUACUGUAGUCAUACACGUCACUGUGCUGGAUGCUAAUGAUAACGCCCCAGUGUUCAGCCAGGCCGUUUAUAAAGCCAGUCUGCCUGAAAACUCUCCUGUAGAUACAGUAGUGGUCACAGUGAGCGCUACUGAUGCAGACGAGGGAGUCAAUGGAGAGGUCACUUAUGAAUUCGGACAUGUUACUGAUGAUGUGAAAAAAAUAUUUAUUAUUGACCGUAAAAUUGGUGAGAUUAGAGUUAUCGGUACUGUAGAUUAUGAAACAACGUCCUCAUUUGAAAUACGCGUUAAAGCAAAGGAUGGUUUAGGGCUUUCGUCUUAUGCUAAGGUAGUAAUUUCUAUCAAAGAUGUGAAUGACAACGCACCUGUAGUCAGUUUGAAAUCAAUUACUAACCCCAUACCUGAGAACGUGUCACCUGGUACAGAGGUGGGCAUCAUUAACGUGCAGGACAGAGACUCUGAGACUAACGGACAGGUCCGCUGCUUCAUUCAGCAAGGUGUCCCUUUUAAGUUGGUUCCUUCUAUUAAAAACUAUUAUUCUCUGGUGACCACAGGACAACUGGACCGUGAAGUAGUGUCUGAUUACAACAUUACAAUCACUGCCACUGACGAGGGCUCUCCACCUCUGUCCUCCUCUAAAACUGUUCAGUUAUCUGUAGCAGACAUCAACGACAACCCACCUGUGUUUGAGGAACAGUCCUACAGCGCAUAUGUUAGUGAAAAUAACAAACCUGGCUCCACUUUAUGUUCCGUUAGUGCUCGAGACCCCGACUGGAGACAAAACGGAACAGUGAUUUAUUCUCUGUUACCCGGUGAGGUGAACGGUGCCCCGGUGUCCUCCUAUCUGUCUGUUAACGGAGACACGGGGGUGAUCCACGCUGUGAGGUCGUUUGAUUAUGAACAGUUGAGGAGUUUUAAAGUCCAGGUGAUGGCCAGAGACAACGGUUCUCCUCCGCUCAGCAGCAACGUGAGCGUCAGUGUGUUCAUAUCGGAUGUGAAUGACAACUCUCCUCAGAUACUGUACCCCGCCCCGGAGGGCAACUCCUUCAUGACCGAGCUGGUCCCCAAAGCUGCACACGAAGGCUCUCUGGUGUCCAAAGUGAUCGCGGUGGACGCGGACUCCGGGCAGAACGCCUGGCUGUCCUAUCAUAUAGUGAAGUCCACUGAUCCGGGACUUUUCACUAUUGGUCUCCACAGCGGAGAGAUCAGGACCCAGCGGGACAUUUCUGAGUCUGACAGCAUGAAACAGAACCUGAUUGUGUCAGUGAAAGAUAACGGACAGCCCUCUCUCUCUGCCACCUGUUCCAUGUAUUUACUGAUUUCUGAUAACUUGGCUGAGGUGCCAGAACUGAAGGACAUUUCUUAUGAUGAGAAGAAUUCCAAACUGACCUCUUAUCUGAUCAUCGCUCUGGUGUCUGUGUCCACCUUCUUCCUGACCUUCAUCAUCAUCAUCCUGGGUGUGAGGUUCUGUCGCAGGAGAAAGCCCAGACUGUUGUUUGAUGGAGCAGUAGCCAUCCCCAGCGCUUAUCUCCCUCCUAACUACGCAGAUGUUGACGGCACAGGAACUUUACGCAGCACUUACAAUUAUGACGCGUACCUGACAACAGGUUCAAGAACCAGUGACUUUAAGUUCGUGACAUCAUACAAUGACAACACGCUGCCUGCUGACCAGACUCUGAGGAAAAGUCCUUCUGACUUUGCCGAAGUUUUUGGAGAAUUGGAGGAGUCCUUAGAGGUAUGA